UCUCCUCUUCCUCCCUCUCUUCGCAGCAGCACCAGCAAGCUAAGCUCUGCUCAGCUUUGAUCAAAGCUCGCCACCACACACCCACAAUGGCAGCGUCAGUAGCUUGCUCCUUCUUCUUCGACGACGAGCCGCUCGGCGAGCCCGGCAUGCCGUCUCUGGACGCGUGCGCGCUCUGCGCCAAGCCCCUCGAACGCGACAGCGACAUCUUCAUGUACAGAGGGGACACGCCCUUCUGCAGCGAGGAGUGCCGCGACGAGCAGAUGCAGCUCGACGCCAUCUGCUCCAGGAAGGCAGCCCGGAGGCAGCAGCGGCUCUCGUCGGGAUCGGAGGCCCGUUGCUGGCAUCAAGACUCCGGGAAGGUGUCCGUCGCGAGCUAGCCGGAAAGCUCGUGCUUCGUGGCCUAGUAGAGUAGACAACUUGGCUUGAAUCAACGGGAUGAGACGAAGGAGAUUGAUGUCUCUGCUUUGUCUCGCCUGAGCCGGAGAAGCAGUGAAAGGUCUGAGAAAGUUCAUGUGCUGAGGCUCCGGCCAUCUUGGUCGCCCGCUCGAUUCAUCCUUCUCCUGGCUCCUUUUCGCCUGUGUGUGGAGGCUUGUGAACCGCGGUUGGUGCAACACCAUGUGUAAAUCGGAAAUCCCCAUUUCAACACAAAUUUUUGCCCAAAGAUCA